UUUCCCUCGGUGGCAGCGGCAGCAGCAGUGGACGCCAGCCGUCAGUCUGCCACACUCUCGCGCUGCCAGCAGACCGAGAUGUCUUCCUGCUACUGCUGCUUUCUGCUGCUGGCCCUCUCCUGCCUGGGUCUGGGUGUCAACGCUCAACAACCUGUCCCCGCUUAUGUGAAGCAAUGCAAGAGAAGCAGCCCAAAACUCGAAGAAUGUCUGAUAAAAGCACUUCACCAUGUGAGACCAUAUUUGGUCAAAGGAAUUCCUGAGAUUGAGAUGCCAAGUGUGGAGCCAUUCAUUCUAGACUCCUUAACUCUAUCACUAACAGGAGGAGAGAGAGGUUAUAAGAUCACUUUAAGAGACAUUCACAUGUAUGGAGCCAGCAACUUUACUGUCUCCAGGCUCAAACUGAGCCACAAUGGGCAGCCAUUUGAGGCUAAAAUCCACAUCCCCGAGAUGAAGAUUGAUGCCAACUACACGAGCAGCGGAGUGCUGAUAGUACUCCCGGCCAGUGGAGGGGGACUUUUCCAUGCUACAUUGGGUAAUGUGGCAGCCACCAUAAAGGGUUUUGUAAGUUCCAAGUCCAGAGGGGGGCAAGACUACCUCAAUGUGGACAAGCUGGACAUCAACCUGGUCAUUAAGGACAUUAACAUGAACGUCAGGAAGGUUUUCAACAACAAUAGGAUCCUCACCGAGGCAACCAAUCUGUUCUUGAAGGAGAAUGGCCAAGAAGUACUACAUGUGAUGAUGCCACAACUAAAAGUCAAGAUGGCUGCUGUCAUCAAGAAAGUUGUGAACCAACUGCUAUCCCACACACCUGUGCAGUUGCUAGUGACCCCGUGAACAUUCCAAACUUGUGACAACUACAAAAUGUUCCCAUGUGAUGAUGGUCUUCUUCAACCAAAAACUGUUUUGAACCAUGUGAGGGGACCAUCUUAAAAGAAGACAGUGUAACAAAAGAACAGUACAUGUUCUUUACAGUGUAGGCUAUUAUUCUCUAAUGUCCAUCAUGCAUUGACAAUGCAUGAUGGACUUUACAAGUGAUAAUAUAACAAAUAAUCUCUGUUAAAGAACAUUAUGUUAAAUUGCCUUCAUUGUUGUGAUACCAGUGAAUUGAUUUAUAAUUUAGAAAGAAUUGCCAACAAUUAUAACUUACAAGCUUGCCAAAUUUCACAAGAUUGUAACUCUAUAAAAUAGCAUUACUUGUGUUAUUUUUGUAAAUUUCUCUUGGGUGUAUGACUUUUCUAUAUUAAAAUAAUGUAUUUCGUGUAAUAAACUGUACUAAAUACAUGAA